AGCCAGCGAGCCACUCUUGGCUCGAACGUAAAGCGACUGGUACACCAUCUUUGAACAAUUUUCACGAGAGAAUACAAUCGAAACGGAUCGCGUCUUUUAAUUGUACUUUGGAAACAGUGAGCAACUUUAAACCGCAAUUAGAUUUCCCAUUGUAUCGGGUGUCACGCGUGUUUCACGUGGAAAUGUUGAAAUUUUCCAUCAUUUUGUUCUUUCCUUCCAUCGUGAUCGUACGCGUUCCCCUCCACCGGUUGGCUCCCACUACUCUCUUUACUCUUUCUCCUUUCCUCUUCGGUUUCUCUCUUAUCCCACCCUCGUUCUUCAUUCUUUCGGGUUCUCUGCGCGUUACGGUGUGAACAUACUUGAGAAAUCGCGCGACAAGGUGGUAAACGCUGGUGCAAUCGUGAAUCGUAAAGCGAAUCGUAUCAGAGACGUAAAAGAUAUCUAUAAUGUUCGAUUCCUGCGGCAGAUUUAAUAAAAUACUCGUCGAACGUACAAGGAUACACGAUAAAACAGAUAGAGACUAAGAAACGCCGUUUUAUCUGAUGGGGUGGUGGUGGUGGUGGUGUUGUAACGUAAGAUCGUCAAACGAAUUGAAUUUGAGAUGAUUGAAUCGCUGAGAGAACUCGCGUCGUAUUCAGAGAAACGUCCACGGAGAAAGACUGUGCGUUGGAGGUGAAUUAUUACGGGCCGCCGAGCUACAACGUCUCCCCAUAUACGCUGCAUCCCUUUCGAGUUUCAUCGUACGCGUCGUUGCGGUGGACGUCGUCGUCGUCGUCGUCGUCGUCGUCGUCGUCGUCGUCGUCGUUGAUCAGUGACAAUCUUAUCGAACGCGUGUUUAGACGACAUUACCGAAAUCCAACAGAGUAGAGUGCCGGAUCGGAUCGAAACGUGUGAAAACGUCGGGGAGAGCUCUUGGAGUAACUCGACCCGGUCAAAGUGGAAGACAGCUACGCGUUCCGUUUGACGGCUGCACGACGAAGCGUAUCGCAAGAACGUAUGGCAAGUUGGCUCGACCGAUCGAAAGGGAACAAGACGUGUAAUAAUAAGAGGAAACGAGGGACGAUACGGAUGCGAAUACUCGCUACGAGACCCGUAUACCUAACGUGGCAAGCAUCGAUACGGUAAUGUACAAGGGUGCUGCUGUUACGCCGUGCUGUUUUCAAUCGAAUAUUCACGAAUAAACAAGAUUCCAUCGAAACGGCGAAUUCGUACACGUAACGUUCAUUCCCGUAUUCCGGCCGAUCGAUCUGUACUACGAAGGAGCGCCAAGACUGAUUCUUUCCGAGAAAUCGCUUCGUACCAGCGUACACGUAGCUUCCUAAGAGAUUGCCCGGUGGUACCGUCUUGGUCUUGGUCGUUGGUUUUUAUUAGGCUGCCAAUCGAUACGGACGAAAUAAUGUUUUUACCCGUCAAAAGAUUCUUUCGCUGCGGAGUGUUGUUAGUACUGUUAUGGAUCAAAUCGAGUUACCAACAGGAAGAAGACAUACCUCAUAUCGAAGUAAAAAACUGGGCCCUGAAAUUCGGCGUAGACUUGUGGGAGUUUGGCAAACAGGUCACGAAAAUGAGCGAGAUACAGAGGAAGUAUCACGAAAUGAACGCCGAGAUUGUGAAGAAGGACGGCCUAGUCUUGGUACGGGAAAUGGCAGCCGAGGUGAAGAAUAUGUUGGACUUUAAGAUGAACGCUGUCAUGAGGUUGGUGGAGAGCGCCGAGCAAGCAGCUGUAUCCGCGCCUAGAGACGGAAACGUAUCGCCCAAGUAUUAUUCGUCGCAACGCUUCGAUACUUUUUCGGGAGACGGGAAAUCCUCGGCGACCGGUCAGGAGAAUUUUCUCUUCUCCAGUCGGCACUUUGACCAUUUGCCAAUCAAUCUCACGUUCUCGACAGUGUUGAUGCCUGCCGGAAUCAAAGACGAUUAUCGCGAAGUAACCGCAGACAUUCAAUGGAGCGAAUAUUUGGAUUUGUUAUUCGUAAACAACUACGAGAGCGAUCCUUCUCUGUCCUGGCAGUACUAUGGCGCGACUUCCGGAUUCUUGCGACGUUUUCCGGCAAUCUCUUGGCCCCCCUCCGAGGAACGAGCAUCCAACUCGAAAAGAACCGCGAGUCGCGUCCUGCGAGAUGUCUACGACUUUCGCAUCUCGAAUUGGUUUGUCGGAGCUGCAAACAGUCCGAAAGACUUGGCUAUACUAGUCGAUAUCGAAUGCUACGCGUCCGAAAGGAUCAAACGAUUAACCGUAGCCACCGUUCAAACUAUCCUUGACACUUUGGGCCCCAACGACUACGCGAACGUUUAUCGUUACGGCGAUACGGCGGAGGAGAUUGUUCAAUGCUUCAAAGACAGUUUAGUUCAAGCAUCCCCGGAGAAUGUACAAGAGCUGAAAAUAGCGGCCAGCUCGCUGAAACACGAAGAAACGCCGACAAACAUAUCGGCUGCCCUUGGGACUGUUUUCGAGAUUCUUCAUAGAUACAACAGGACAGGACAAGGAAGUCAAUGUAACCAAGCGAUUAUGCUGAUCACUGCGGAUAACGCCGGAUUACCUACGGACGUGAUCAAACGAUACAAUUGGCCUCACAUGCCUGUUCGUAUCUUUACGUAUCUCGUAGGCGGCGACAAGAGCCCAGAAUUGCACGAUACCGCUUGUGCCAACAAAGGAUUUUAUACGAGAAUCACGCACCUCGAAGAAAUCAAGAGCAAAGUCUUUGAAUACGUAAAGGUCCUCGCACGUCCCAUGGUACUUUACCAGCACGACCAUCCUAUUCACUGGAGUCCAGUUUACGUCGGUGGCAAAAGCGGCAGAUACGGCAGAGAAGAUAACGGCCAGCUAAUGACAUCGGUCACAGCACCCAUUUUAGAUCGUCGAAAUUACACGGUGAAAACAGCCAAUUUGUUGGGUAUCGUCGGCACCGAUGUACCCGUCGAAGAAAUACAAAAACUCGUCCCUCCUUACAAGUUGGGCGUCAAUGGAUAUUCCUUCAUAGUCGACAAUAAUGGUCGAGUUUUAUAUCAUCCGGACUUGCGCCCUUUGCCCGGAAGCAUAGAUUACGAAGAAACAUUGAAACCUACGUACGUAAGCGUAGAUUUGUCGGAAGUCGAGCUCGCCGAGCACGAUGAUCCGUCGCACCCAUUGAACAAUUCCCUUCUUCUCGACUUGAGGCAUGAUAUGAUCGAUCAAAAGGAAGGAGAGACUGGUUUCGCGAUCAAAAUUCAUUACGACAACAUGAGAAGAGUUACCAUUAGACGACACAAUUACUUUUAUAAGCCGAUCGAGGGUACGCCGUUUUCGUUGGGUCUGGCAUUGCCCGAUGUUUACGGCAUGUUCGAACUGUUGGCCGAACAAGAAAUUAAACAUGCCAUUAUAAACGUGACCGAAUACUUCAAGGGAAGCAAUUGGAAGGUUCACCCCGAUUGGGUGUACUGCGAAUACAAUUCGGCUUCGGAAAAAUGGUUUUCUACCCCGGAAGAACGCGUUCUAUAUUUUCUCUCUCGAACGCGAAGUCCGGGGUGGAAAUGGAUGUCCUUGAGACCAAGGAGUCCAAGCUCGCACCACAAACAAGCGAGCAAGCCCGACAAAGAUUCGUACUACUGUGAUAAGAGAUUAGUGCAGUCUCUAGUGUUGGACGCGUUGGUUACCGAUGGCUUCGACAAAAGAGGUGCGAUGCACAAAGAGGAGAAUCAAAGCCCUAUUGCCAUACUGAUGGCUCUGCUGCACAGUCAAGGAAAAGGCAGAUUCGGCGUGACACGGAGCUUCAUAGCGACCAGAAGCGGUCUGUUUCGUUGGCACGAGCAUCAGCAAAGCAACGAAGAACCUACCGAUGAACCACCGUUUGCCGAGAAGUACGUGAGAGCAAUGGAUUCCUCGUGGUACAAACGUGCCGUCGAUCAGCAUUCGAUAGAACCGGAAAGUUUCGUUUUCAGCGUGCCCUUUGAUGCCGCCGACAGCCCCAAUCCUUUGGUCACUGCUACGCACGCGGUAUUCAUCGGGAAAGGACACAAGGCACCAGCGGCGGUCGUUGGUCUUCAAUUUCAACAUUCUUCGUUGGCAUCCCACUUUAUCAAUAUUACUUCCACGUGUAGCGGCACGGAUUGUAAAAAAACUUGUGCUUCCGAAGAACUGGACUGUUACAUUUUGGACAAUAACGGAUUCAUAAUCAUCAGUGAGCGGCACGAUCACACCGGUAAAUUUUUCGGGGAAAUCGACGGUACCAUUAUGGAUUCCUUGGUUCAAGACAAGAUUUUCAGGAAGGUGACGGUGACCGACUAUCAGGGAAAAUGUAAUCCUCAAGAGUCUCAUCAGUCCGCGGCCCCAAAAACUUUCCCCGAAUCUGUCGCCACAACGGUCGCCAUAUUCGGACACAUGCUUUGGAACUUGGUAUUCGGUUUCAAUAUGCAAAACUUGUGGCAGAUCGUUUUCGCGCUAGCCGGCGAGUCGGUGCGGAAUUUCGACGACGACACGAUUUUCCCAGAUACACCGGAGAAGGCACGGGAACUCGCUUCGCUCGUGGAUGCGGACUCUACCGGUGAACCGUUCACGGACGAGAACCAAAUAUUUCCCAGGCUUCCGUCGGUCGCUGCUGCGUCUCCCGCCUCUCCUGGCUCGACACGGGCCACGUCCGCUUACUACCCGCAACGGAAACUGAGAACCUGCGAGAAGAAAACCGAUCUGUACAUUUUACAACCCGAACGGCUCAACACUAGCGGGCUGAGCGAUCCUCUGAAGGGAAAAUUGACAAACUGUCACGUAACCGGCUGUGAAAGACCGUUCAGCGUACAGAAAAUUCGACACACGAAUCUGAUACUGUUGGUGGUGGAUACUUUGUGUCCAUGCGGUAGUAAACAGCUUAGCAUCGAACCCAUAGAAGCGCUCGCAAAGACCGGAGCUUGCACCGCAAGAAGAGAACGUUUGUACCGCCGAAGGCCACCGAAAUGCAUAAACUAUCAUCCGGAAGAAUUGGAGAUCAAAGUUUGCGGUAGCGCGAGUCGUUCUUGGAAUUCUCCCUUCGUGAUAUUUACCGCGAUUACGACUGUCGUUCUUACGUCCCGAUUGGCGUGACUUUAUUCGGAUUUCAAUUGUACACACAUUCGCAAAUUAUCUUUUUGAAAUGAAUUUAGCGUUGUCGUUUCUAUGAAACAGUUAUAAAAAUGGUAUACUAGUUGAUCGGUUUAAUACUCGUACUUGACAAAUACGAACGAACGAACGAACGAACGAACGAACGAACGAACGAACGAAUUAACGUAAGAAAGUAAGAACGAACGUAAGAAUGAACGUAGGAACGGAAGAACGUAAGAACGUAAGAACGUAAGAACGUAAGAACGUAAGAAC